CUGAACAUAUAUAAUAAAUCAAACACCUCACUUAUUAAAUCAUCAAAUGUAUAGUGUUAGAAGCGUAUUGGGCGUAAGAAGAUUCUGUAGUGUCGGAAGAAUCAGCUCUGUCAGAAAAUUCUCACUUAUUGAAAACUCUUCAGCCAAGUCUGGUGAGAAAUUUUUGCCGAUCUACAAAAAUGGAGAGAGAAUCAACAUCGAAGUUACUCAAAGCAAAAUCCAGAAGGAUUAUUACCCAAAGAAGAUGAAUACUAAGCUAGGAUCUGAACUAUGAUUUACUAAGGAUAGAGCUUUUAUCAAGUAUCUCUCUUCCAUUCACCUCAGAAGCAAAGAUAGGGAAGCUAUCUCUUCUGCAAGACUUUUAGCUUAUUUCAUCACACAAAAGGUGAAACCAAGAGACGUCGAUGUCGUCAAUGGGAUUGCUCGAGCUCUCUCCCAUAUCAUGGGAUUUAUGAAGCAGAAUGCUAGAAAGAUCCAUGAAGAUCAUAAUCUAGUCCUCAAAGCAGGCACUGUCUACGGAAAGGGCAACAAUGACAUCGCUCAAAUCAUUGAUUUUGUAAACUUUGGAGAUACUAGACGGACAUUGUUAGUAACUAAAGACGUAUCUGGUACUAGUAAUGAAAGUUUCUUGGAGGUUCAAAAUUCAUUGGCUCUCGAUGUUGGCCACUCUUCUUAUCAUUUCAUCAAUGAUAAGCUAAACUACAGAUAUGACGUAUCACAACCAAUCAUUAUUCUUGCGGAGAAUUUGGAUGAGGAUCUGGCAAGUAAUGUUUUACAUCAGCUCGAAGAUUUGUCAAACGGAGUCGUAUUCGUAGCAAAUCAGGUUGACAAAUCUGCCAAAAACCUACUCCUUUCACAAAAGGAUGAAUCAGGAAUCGCAGUAUCUUUGAUUGAUCUGUCCGAAGAAAGCUCUGAAGGCUCUGGAUCUUUCGAAAUAAUUAAAAAUAAUUUGAAAGAUUUCGGUGACGCUUCACCUAAAACUGGUUACUAUUUAAAGAGUUGAGAUAGAGUACUAAUGGAUUCCUCAUCAUCCUUCUUUGUUGAUGCUAAAUUUGAUCAGUCAGGAGAGGAAUUCCAGUCAGAAAAUUUCCAGGAACUUGUUGAAGUCAACCUCAAAAAUCCCGAUGAAACAUGGUGCCAUGAAGUGAGAAACAACGUGUUGGAGGCUAACACUAACUUAGAAGAUUCUCUUAUUGAAGGAAUCUUACCUGGAUUCAAUACCACUCUCAAGCUUGCUAAUGAAGACUUGAAGGAGUUUUACUCUGACGAUAAAAAUAUUCAAACAGGCUUAGAGAUUGUGCAAGAAUCUAUUGAUUCAUAUAUAAAAGCAAUCAAAGAGGAUAAAGAAGAUUCUUUACUCUCCAUCGAUGGAGCCUUAGAGAAGGCCAUUUCUGAGGGAACAUUUGUUCCAGAAAGGAAAGCUGCUAAGGUUAUCAGCGAUAUUUGGUCUAUCUGCUCCUAUUUGCUAUCCCAAAAGAGAAAUUAGGUCCAUAUUAGGCAUUU